AUGUCUGAAAGCUCACAGCAUGGUCAAGGUGUGCAAUUUGUGCCAUUUAAGACCUCUACAGGUUCACUGAGGGUGUUGUUGUUGCAUGGGAAUUUGAAUGUAUGGGUGAAAGAAGCCAAAAACCUGCCAAAUAUGGAUUUAUUCCACAAGAAUCUAGGUGACAUAUUUGGAGGAUUUCCUGCAAGCUUUAGCAGUAAAACAGAAGGGAACCCAUCUAAGAAUACAAGUGAUCCUUAUGUCACAAUUUCAGUAGCUGGUGCUGUAAUUGGUAGGACUUUUGUGAUUAGUAACACUGAAAAUCCUGUUUGGAUGCAGCAUUUUUAUGUUCCGGUUGCACAUUAUGCUGCAGAAGUGCACUUUGUGGUUAAAGACAACGAUGUUGUGGGCUCACAGAUUAUGGGGGCUGUUGGAAUCCCUGUGGAGCAGAUAAUCUCAGGUGAUAGAGUUGAGAGUACUUUUCCGGUACUUAAUGGAAGUGGGAAGCCAUGUAAAGCAGGGGCUGUUUUGAGCCUGUCCAUUCAGUAUACUCCAAUGGAGAAAGUACCCCUCUAUCAUGGUGGGGUAGGAUCAGAUCUUGGGUAUCAGGGCGUGCCUGGUACAUAUUUUCCUCUUAGGAGAGGAGGAAAGGUAAAACUUUAUCAAGAUGCACAUGUGCAUGAUGAUUCCCUUCCAAAGUUGUUGCUGGCGAAUGACACAUUGUAUCAGCAUGGACAUUGCUGGCGUGAUAUUUACGAUGCAAUUAGUCAGGCUCGUCAUUUGGUUUACAUUACAGGUUGGUCUGUUUACCACCUAGUUCAACUAGUUAGGGAUGAUCCAAAUGCAACUCAUAGCACUUUGGGAGAGAUCCUGAAAGUCAAGUCUCAAGAAGGUGUGAGGGUCUUGCUCCUUGUAUGGGAUGAUCCUACUUCUAGGAGUAUUUUAGGGUAUAAAUCGGAUGGGGUAAUGGGCACAGGCGAUGAAGAAACUAGACUCUUUUUUAAGCAUUCAUCGGUGCAAGUGCUGCUAUGUCCACGAUCUGCUCAGAAAGGCAGCUGGGCAAAACAGCAGGAAACUGGAACAAUCUAUACCCAUCAUCAGAAAAGUGUCAUAGUAGAUGCUGAUGCAGGUAACUUCAGGAGAAAGAUCAUUGCAUUUGUUGGAGGCCUUGACUUGUGCAAGGGGCGCUUUGAUACUCCGCAGCACCCAAUUUUCUGUACGCUAGAAACUGUUCACAAAGAGGAUUAUCAUAAUCCCAAUUUUACGGGUCCUGCAGUUGGUUGUCCAAGAGAACCAUGGCAUGAUUUACACUGUAAUAUCGAUGGUCCAGCUGCAUAUGAUGUCCUAACAAAUUUUGAGGAGCGUUGGUUAAAGGCUUCAAAACGUCAUGGGAUUCAGAAGAUGAAAGCUUCCCAUGAUGAUGCUUUGCUUAAGCUUGAAAGGAUUCCCGACAUAUUAGGAAUAGAGGAGACUGCCUGCCUACAAGAAGAUGAUCAAGAAGUCUGGCAUGUCCAGGUUUUUCGCUCAAUAGACUCGAACUCUGUUAAAGGUUUCCCCAAAGAUCCAAAAGAAGCUACAAACAGGAACCUGGUAUGUGGGAAGAAUGUACUAAUAGACAUGAGCAUACAUUCAGCAUAUGUAAAGGCAAUUCGUGCAGCCCAGCAUUUCAUUUACAUCGAAAACCAGUACUUCCUUGGGUCAUCAUACAAUUGGAAUAAUUACAAAGACUUGGGUGCAAACAAUUUAAUACCAAUGGAAAUUGCUCUAAAAAUUGUGAAUAAAAUUAGAGCAAAGGAGAGGUUUUCAGUAUACAUUGUUGUCCCAAUGUGGCCAGAGGGUGUUCCUACCAGUACUCCCACUCAAAGGAUUCUCUUUUGGCAGCAUAAUACAAUGCAAAUGAUGUAUGAAACCAUAUACAAGGCUUUAGUAGAUGUAGGGCUUGAGAAUGAGUUUGAACCUCAAGAUUAUUUGAAUUUCUUUUGCCUUGGGAAUCGCGAGGCUCAAGACAUUGGAAGCUCAGAUGUUGAAAGUUCUGGAGGAAACGCACCACAAGCACUAACUCGAAAAAACCAACGAUUCAUGAUUUAUGUCCAUUCGAAAGGAAUGAUAGUAGAUGAUGAGUACGUCCUAAUGGGAUCGGCAAACAUUAAUCAACGUUCUCUGGAAGGAACGAGAGACACUGAAAUUGCAAUGGGUGCAUAUCAACCUCACUAUUCAUGGAUGAGUAAGCAUAUGAAUCCACAUGGUCAGAUCUAUGGAUAUCGGAUGUCGCUCUGGGCAGAGCACACGGGAACUCUCGAUGCGUGUUUCGAGCAACCAGAGAGUCUCGAAUGCGUGAGACGUAUAAGAUCAAUGGGAGAGCAGCACUGGAAACAAUUUGCAGCUGAUGAAAUAAGUGAAAUGAAAGGUCACCUACUCAAAUAUCCAGUUGAAGUUGAUCGUAUGGGUAAAGUGAAGCCUCUUCCUGGAUGUGAAACCUUUCCAGACAUGGGUGGAAAAAUAGUUGGAACUUUUACUGUCGUUCAAGAAAAUCUCACAAUUUGA